AUGGCAGCGUGUUACUUUGUAUCGUCUCCAGACCCACGUAAAUACGUUAUCGACUCGCCGGGCCAGCAGCCCCAAUACGGGAUCAAAUUUGGUGAUCAGGCAGACGAUGUGACUAGAAUCAACGCUUAUCGCACCUGCAACCCUUCUUUUGUGUGGAUCGAUAUCGUUGUCGAUAACUAUGACAACCCACACCAAACUCGUUUAGGCAACUACCUGCAAGCAAAUGUCAUCAUGAACUACAGCAACCGAUCAGGUACCUUGCGAAAUUUCGCCCAGGUUCCCAAUACCAACGAGUGGUACAUCAGCAAUAAUGCCCGCGCGGACCUCCAAACGCUGUUCACCGCGGCAAGCAGCAUAGAAAACGCUCAAGCUGCUAUGAAGUCCAUCGCACAGUUGUACGCCGGCUCAAUCGGCUACAAGCUCAUGGAGAACCAGGCGGUGGAGACACUUCCCUUCCAGGUCCGGAACGCCAAGACCGGAACGUCAACCGAGAUUCGCCGGCUUGUCACUCGCGUUCUGAAGACCAACAACCAAGCUCUGUCUCAGGCCAACCAGGGGAAUUUGGCCCUCGCCACCGACCUAAACUGGAUAUUUAACAAUGUCUGGAAUGUACUGAAGGAUGAUGGGAUUGCCUACCUGGUCCGCUUUUGUGACGAGAGUGCUGCUCGUUUGUUUUUCAACUACAUGGUCCAGACUACAUGA